AUGACUCAGUCAGCGCUUCCAGAUGAUAUUCUGCAUCUCCUGUGCGAAGAACUUGCCAAUCAAGAACAAUUCGACACGCUCUUUAACUGUGCUUCUGCCAGCCGUGCUCUCGCCGUACCUGCAUUAACUCAUCUGUACAAAUCUCACCACCUAGCUCCCGUCCGGGGUGGGGGAGAAGAUCUCUACGGCUUACCUGCUGCCACCAAGCUUCUUACAAUUCAGAAAUGGUCCAUUCUGUGGCGAUCAAUUGUCGCAUCCAGUCUCGACGUCACACUUUUCCCCUACUGUCGCUACAUCAAGUUACUAGACUUUCGCGAUCUGGGGUAUCUCCUCGAUGACGAUCAGUUCCGUGCCAAAGUCUCCAAGCAAUUCUUCUCCGGGCCACUGAAACAAUUCGAAAGAACCGAGUCAGGAAUAAAUAUCAAAGGCAAGAAGUAUACACGAAUAAAGACAGCGGACAUCAUCGACGCGAUCGGCGAAGUGGUUACCCAGCACACACCAACUCUCGAAAUCAUCAUUCAGCCUGGUGCUCUUGUACGAUGGACGCCCCGGCUUCCCCGGCUCCAAAGCCUCGAACUGUGGGACGGAAAGCCUCUGGAAGAUGAACUGGUCCACGCAUCCAUCAACAACCAUUGUCCGCAAUUCAGAGCCCUUAUGAUCUACACCUGGGUCUCCGAAGACAAUGAUCGCAAAUUCGCCAAAUUCCUUUCCUCGAUGCGGCCAAACACACUUCAGACACUCCAAACGAUUAGCGACGUCAAGGCAGGCGCCGAAUCAUUCUUAGCUCUUAAUCACCAUGGAAACUCACUCGAAGAUCUAAGAAUAUGUGUAUCCAAUGAUUCGAUACCGCAUUUGUCCCUACUGCAAGGAUGUGUAGCUCUGAAAACACUGCGCAUCGAGGAUAUACAUGGUGCCGUCGACUUGGAAGCAACAGAACAUGACGUCUUCCUCGAAACGACCGCCUGGCUACGCAAGUGCGCAGAUCUUCAGCGUCUCAGUUUCUCGAAACUGCAAUCCGGAGCCGCACUAAUCACGCCUGUGCUACUGGAAGAGAAGAUACAACUCAAUAGCCUGGAGAUAGAUUCGUACACACUAAAAGACCAUAAGACAUUCCAUCAGGCUCUUGUACACCAACAGUCAUCCUUGAGGGUGCUGUUUCUGAGCGGCGAUACCGAUGGCAUGUUUCGAGAUGACUUGGACAUCCUCGUGGAUUCCUUGAAGCAAUUGACAGAGUUGCGGGAUCUGCACCUCAUCCUCCCCGAGGUCCUGCGAGAUGAACAUCUCAUUACCAUCAUCGCUAAUCUCACCCUGCUGGAGGAUCUAUACGUCAGUGGCCUGGAGCUCAACGACAUCGUACUACCUCAUCUGGCGAGCCUACCGAACCUCCGUACCGUCACCAUCUCCGGUAUAUCAAAAUUCACAAUGGAUGGUCUCCUGGAUUUCGUAUCAAGGCUAGGGCCGGGCAAUCAGGGCAUCCGUCUUUCAGUCGAUAUGGCGGACACGGAUACACUGCUUUCGGAAGACGAACUGACCUUGGUAAGAGACAACCUUGCGGAAAAGGCUGGUGGUACAUUGGAGUACAUGGCGCUCAGAGACCCGAACGUUCCUGAGUUUGAAAGCGACUCUGACUGA